AUGGGCGAGCUCGUGCAAUCAACGAUCAAGGAAGGACUGAUUCUAACAGUUGUUACUAGCUUAAGGGAUAUAACUGUACUUAAGGCCUUUACGUCUAAAACGUGUGGAUUCUCGUCUUUUCGCUACGACAUUGUCAUGUUUGAACCAGAGCUGGGCGCUGUUGUCACUGGGCGAUUCAUGGCUACUGCUCAACCUAUUUGCCGCCCCUUUGGGGAAAGGGUUUCAUUCCUGAAACAUGUCGAGUCCAUAGUUCGAGAGAGAAAAGGGAAGCCAGGUCCCGCCUACGUCGAGACGGUUCCGCUUGUGGAUUAUCUUUUCCGGUAUUACGAUGACAAUAGAGAGAGCACGCAAGAUUAUGCCAGUAUAAGUCAAUACGUUGCUUUGCCAGCGGAAGCUUUAGAAGAUUACGUAAAAGACGCCUAUUGGCAGUUCUCCAGUCAUCCAGUCAGAAUUACUCGGGUCGACCCACAUAGCACAUUUAGUAAGCGUGGAUUUGGUAUGCCGGCUGCGUCAGAGGACGAUCUGUGGCACGUUGAGCAGUUGGAUGCAACAGAAAGAAAAAAUCAAUGCCAAAAUAUUGAUUCCUUGCCUGCGUAG